AUGGAAGAAUCUUGCAUAACAAAUGGGGUAACUGUUGAAAUAAAAGAGGGUAUAAGGAGAGAUGAUAAGAGCGCAAUAGGGAAUGAUUUUAAUAUUACUGAUGAAUACUGCUGGGGGAUACUGCAUCAUGCAGCUCAAUUCGGCAGUUUAAAUAUAACAAAAUUUUUAGUAAAUGAUCAAGGUGUAAGUUUUAAUACUAAGAAUAAGGAGCGAAAUAAGCCUAUACAUAUUGCUGCUGAUGAGGGCAAGGAAGAGAUUGUAAAGUUUUUUCUUGAUAAAGGGGUAGAAAUCGAUACAGAAGGUAAAGAUGAUUAUACCCCUUUACAUUAUGCUGCUGAGAAAGGUAAUGAAAAUAUUGUAGAGCUUCUUGUUGAAAGGGGAGCGAAUAUUUACGCUGUAAAUUCUGACGGAAAAACACCGCUACAGCUAGCCGAGGACAAACAUCAUUACAUGACAAAAAACCUAAUGUUAAAUAGAGCAUUGUUAAGUUCUGUCAAGCAAGGAGAUCGUAAUAAAGUUGCACAACAUAUUGGUAACGGAGCUAAUAUUAAUCAUUCAGACUUCCAGGGUUGGGCUCUAUUACACCAUGCUGCGAACAGAACGGUAGAUGAUGAAAAUUUUAUCAAAUUUUUAGUAGAGAAAGAAGCAAACAUUAAUGCCACAACUAAUGAUGGAGAUAAACCUUUACAUAUUGCCUCUAGCCGCACGCAUGUAAAUAUUGUAAGUUUCUUUAUUGGUGACAAGGGAAUAGCUAUUGAUGACCAAGGAAAGGAUAAGUGGACACCGUUACAUCAUGCUGUUAAUAAAGACAGUGAAUCCUUUGUAGAGUUUUUGAUAAAAAAAGGAGCAAGUAUUUAUGUAAAAGAUUACAAUAAUACAACUCCAUUGCAGCUCGCAAAUGACAAAAGGGUUAAACCUAAACUAUUAGGUAAGGCGUUAAUUGAUGCUGUCAAUGGGAAUGAUAUAACAAAAGCCGUAGAUUAUAUUCAGAAAGGAGCAAAUGUUGACUAUUCAUAUGAAGAUAGGAAGUGGACUCCACUACACUACGCUAGCA